GGAAAUAAUGAUAUUGAUAAUUUAAUAAAAAAUUGUCAAAUGGAAACACUUAUACCAAAUAAAAUAAUUGAAUGGAUCCCAUAUAAUAAUUUACAAAAUAUUGAAUAUCUAACAAGAGGUGGUUUCUCUAAAAUUUAUACAGCAGAUUGGAUUGAUGGAAGAUAUAAAGAAUGGGAUUCUAAUGAACGAAAAUUAAUAAGAUAUGGAUCUCAUGAAGUAAUACUUAAACAAUUAGAAAAUGUUGAAAGUGCAAGUCAAAGUUGGUUUGAAGAGGCUAAAUCACAUUUAACAAUAAGUAACAAAUAUGCUGAGAUUGUUCAAUGUUUUGGUUUAACACAAGAUCCAUCAAAUGGAAAUUAUAUGCUUGUUAUGAGGAAAUGUGAUGUAAAUUUAAGAGAAUAUUUACAACAAAAUCAUGAUCAAUUUAUAUGGAAAGAAAAAAUUAGAAUUACUUUUUUAAUAAUUAAUGCAUUUUAUUGGAUUCAUGAAGAGAAUUCAAUUCAUAGAGAUUUGCAUUCUGGAAAUGUAUUAUAUUCACAGUUAAAUAAUUCUUGGCAUAUUAGUGAUCUUGGAUUUUGUGGUCCUGCAAAUAAAUCAUCAACAUGCAUAUAUGGAAAUCUUCCUUAUAUUGCUCCUGAAGUUAUUAAUGGAAAAGAAUAUACUUUUAAAUCUGAUGUUUAUAGUAUUGCAAUGCUUAUGUGGGAAAUUUCAUCUGGACAGCUACCAUUUAUAAAUUAUGAACAUGAUUGUAAUCUUGCAAUUAAUAUUAUUAAUGGUAUGAGACCAAAAAUUAUAUCAGAAAUUCCUUCAGAAUAUAAAAGUUUAAUGGAACAAUGUUGGGAUGCUGAUCCAUUAAAAAGACCUGAUAUUAAUACACUUAGAUUUAAGAUGAAUGAAAUUAUGUCAUAUUAUCAAAAUAAACCAAAUGAAUUACCUCAACUAAAAGUAAAAAUGGAUAAUGUAACAAAUAAUAAUAUUAGUAGUAAACUAUUUACAAGUAAAAUUCAUAAAUUUGAAAAUUUGCCAGAACCAAAAAAUGCAACGAAAGUAGAUGUUCAAAAUGACUAUGAUGAGAGAGAAAUAAUGCAACAACAAUCAAAUAUUGAUAUUAAUGAUGAAGUACAAAAUAAUCCAAAACUUCAUUCAGAGGAACAAUAUGAAUUUGAAAUUCCUGAUGAUGGAUUUUAA